AUGGCUGCUGCGCAGGGAACUGAGUUGCACGGAGAUGCGGACUUGAACCCUCCAACCUCCGUGUCUACCGACACCGUGCCCGAACAGGUUGGAUCGAAUGGAUCAACGCCCACGGGCAUCGCCACACCGCAGCCCGACCCCGCGGACAAGCGGUUGCCGUCUAUCAUGCACAACUAUUUCCAGGUUGGUUCCUUCUCCGGCGAUAAAGCCAGUCUGCCGCGGUUAUGGUCUUGCCUAUCCAAAUCUUCCGGGAACCAUUCCCACCCGGGCGCUUCGACCGAGUCUUUUGUCAUGCUGGGUCGAGAAGAGGGGUCUGAGAAGCUCGAGCCCAACCUUCCUACGCCUCCCCAUUCCUUGUUGCGGUCGGAUGAGAUGGAACUCCCGUCGAGUCCGGACCUUUCAGGAGGCUCGAUUCUGGAUACCCUGAAGAAAUAUCUCUCCCCUGCCUCGAGCGACCCUCCCUCCCGACCCUCCUUCCAGCCGUCAAACUUCCCUGCCGACCCAUCUACCCUUUCUGAAGCACCCUUACUCGACCAUGAGAAACUGCAGACUGUCAUUUCUGAGAAUCCAAGCAAGCUGACUGAUAACGUGCCCGCCGCGGUGCGUCUGAAGAACACUCCCCCUCUUACCCCCCGCGCGAUGUCCAACGAGGAGAAGAAACCCGUCACAUCGGCCGCCCCAGAAUCCGAGACGGAGCCGGAAAGCUCCGCCGACGAAAUUGCGAUGAAACUCGACGAGGCCUUCCCUCGCCAGUCCUCCCCGCAGAACGGCGCCCCUGUCGGCCCAAUCAAAGGCAAGCUGUUCGUGAAGAUCUCGGAAGCCCGCGGUCUCCGUCCCAGCACCGAUCCGUACGUUGUCUGCGUGUUUGAAUGGAAUGAAUACAUCUCCAAGGGCACCCGAGAUGGUGAAGAGGAGGAAAAGAAGCGCCGCGAUCAAGAAGAGUCCGACGCUGCCGCCGAUGCUGCCGCCGACGCGGCCAAUGCGGCGGCGGCGGAGGCUGGCCGUCCAAUGGCCAUUCCCAUGAAGAGCCGCCAGAGCAGUUACAACAGCGCCCUGGAUGGGCAAGAGCCCAAGGGCAAGGCGCCUGUCACUGACCCUCACUGGGACCACGAAGCUGUAUUUGACGUGUUAGGCGAUCAAUCCGAGGUGGACGUCACCGUCUAUGACCGCCACAAUCAAGAGGCAUUUUUGGGCCACGUGCGAUUAGGGAUCAAUCUGAAGGAUGAUCACAGCAGAUUGGAAGGCUGGUUCCCCUUGGUUGCUCGAGGGGCUGGUGACAGCCAGGUGUCCGGCGAGAUUUACCUGCAGAUGCAGUUUGAGAUGUCUGAUCGCCGCCAGGUCGGCCCUGACGACUUCACGGUUCUCAAGCUGAUCGGGAAGGGCACCUUCGGUCAAGUGUACCAGGUGAUGAAGAAGGACACCGAGCGAAUCUACGCGAUGAAGGUUCUUUCUAAGAAGGUGAUCAUCCAGAAGAAGGAGGUCGCACACACCUUAGGGGAGCGCAAUAUCCUGGUGCGCACCGCGAUGGCGGCUUCGCCUUUCAUUGUAGGCCUGAAGUUCUCCUUCCAAACACCAACAGAUCUGUAUCUGGUCACCGACUACAUGUCUGGCGGGGAGCUUUUCUGGCACCUGCAACGGGAAGGCCGAUUCCAGGAAGCACGAGCCAAAUUUUACAUCGCGGAGCUGAUCCUCGCCCUGCAGCAUCUCCACGACCACGACAUCGUGUACCGGGAUCUCAAGCCCGAGAACAUCCUGCUUGAUGCCAAUGGUCACAUCGCACUCUGUGAUUUCGGGUUGUCGAAAGCCAACCUCACCCAGAACGACACGACCAAUACCUUCUGCGGUACCACGGAGUACCUCGCCCCGGAGGUCUUGCUCGACGAGCAAGGCUACACGAAGAUGGUUGACUUCUGGUCUCUGGGUGUUCUCGUGUUUGAGAUGUGUUGCGGAUGGAGCCCGUUCUAUGCCGAGGAUACUCAACAAAUGUACAAGAACAUUGCCUUUGGCAAGGUGCGCUUUCCGCGCGAUGCGCUUAGCACCGAAGGUCGCAACUUCGUCAAGGGUCUCCUCAACCGCAACCCGAAGCACCGGCUUGGCGCGAACGGCGAUGCCAAGGAGCUCAUGGCGCAUGCCUUCUUCCACGAUGUCGACUGGGAUGCUUUGUGCAAGAAGGAGGUCAUUCCGCCGUUCAAACCCAAGCUUCAGUCCGACACCGAUACCUCUAACUUUGAUCCCGAAUUCACCAAUGCGCUCGAAAGUAACAACUCUCUCAACGACCGUGCUGCGGCCCUUGCCAAUGGCUUCAUGCCUGCGGGCACCCCCUUGUCGCCCGGCAUGCAAGCUAACUUCCGCGGUUUCACCUUCGUCAACGAAAGCUCCAUCGACCAUCACGUCAAACACGACCUUGAAGAUGAGAUGGACGAGGAUACGAUGCUUCAGGAUGAGGGAUGGCAGCGAGGCCACCGCACGAAGGGCUCGACGGAUGCACGCAUGGGCGGCGUCCACAAGUCGGGCGAGGGGGCGGACCCAGGGAUCUUUAACGUUGACGAGAACUUCUGA